AUGGCACCCCGGAAACCAGAGAGCCGGCCGUCGGGGCCCUCGGCACGCAGCCUUCGUCAUGCGCGCAUCGCCGGCACCAUCCAUCCUCUGCUUCCAGCCAAAAUCUUCCGCCCCGACGCCGCCGUCACCGAUUCUUUCCUCGAGAACAAGCGCGACAAGCGGCUCAUCCGCCAAUCGGCCUUUCGGUCGCGCAUCUCGGCCGCGGCGACGGCCUCCUCUUCCAAGAAUCGGGUCACCCGCCGGCGCAGCGCAAAGCCUUCGCAGUGGAGCAACCUCGACGCCCUCGCCGGGGCCCUGCCGGAUCUCGAAGCCGAGGCUGCGCGGAAGGGCACGGCUGGGGAUGCGGAACCGGAGGCCGGUCGCAUCAGGCACCGCAGCAUGAAGACGACCAAGGGCGCGCUGAAGCGCAAGGAGCGCAUCGUCCGCGGUGAGAUGUACAGAUUCGGCGCCAGCAUGGCCAAGCUGUCGCAGGCUUCGACGUCCCCGCCCAGGACAAAGACGGAGGAGUGCUCGAUGGAGGACUUCGGGGAGGACGAGGCUGCGGCGCAAGAGGCUCCUCCGGCUGCGCAGACGACCAGCACGGCCAACCGGUGGGCUGCGCUUCGAGGCUACAUAUCCUCCACCAUGGAGCAGAACCCUGCGUUUGCGAACAGGUAG